UUCGCAGGCGUGCAUGGAGAAAAGGGUCCGCGUCUUUGUUAACUUUGGCAGAUGAUGCCAGUGGAACCACAUUCGUCAACAUUUUACAAUUUUUACAUUUAUUCUGAGAGUUUUUGUCCUGUCUCCUCUUACUCGUUAUAAAAAUGCCUUUUCCACCGAUCAAUCUGCACCAGCGGAUCACUUCCCCGGGAAAGGAGCUAUUCAGGAAAAAGAAACCCAACAUUGUACCUCCUCAAUCUAUGCUCAGCAGCACAGCCAGGGAAGAGAAGGAUUCGGAAAAAGAUAAACUGUCUACGUCGUGGCCGUCGGCGAAUCUGAAGCAGCUGGGGCGAAAGCCACUGCAACAGAAGAGCAAAUUUCCUAUGGACGGUUCCAGUCUGGCAACGGCGGGGAAGAACUCGUGGCUCACUUUACCAAAACCUUUGGCCGACUCGUGUGACAGCGUGCCGCGGUCAAGUUCGGGGGAGUCCGCCACGCAAAAGAGCAGCAAGCAUUCCUCUCGCAGCUCCCUGGCUAAGGAGGAGGGCGAGGAGGAGAUCCACUUCUCCCUGAGCCUCACCCCAGAGGCGAUCCUUGUCAUUCAGAAGCGCAACUUGGAGAAGCAGAUGAUGGCAAAGCAGCAGAAGUGUUGCGCCUCCGCGGACUUUCGGCACCGGCGCGUGUUCCCUUCCAAACGGGCACAGGGUGCUGCUAAAAGUAACGUUCCGGUUGCCAAAUUGGAGAGUCCUGAUGACAUCAGCACGAUCGUAAAAAUCUCCCUGUUAAAUGACCAGUAUAAAUAUGACGAUGUGGAGUAUGAAGAGGAGGACGGAGAUGUAGACGAGACUGUGGUGAGGAAAUGCAAAGAGUGGCUGAAAGGAGUAGAGAGUGCCGCUGCCUUUGGGAAGGUGGACAAACUGGCAACACUUCCACACCUAAAAAGCUGCUAAUGGAGCACUUUAGAUUUCUACUUUUUAGAAAACAAGACUGCUUAGUCAAAGAAAUAGACUAUGGGACACUGCUCACAAACAUAAAAAAAAUCCAUUUGUAACCACCUUUGUCAAAGAGGAAGGUUUCCUAUGUCUGAUGUAAGAACAUUGCUUAUGUUUGUCUUUCAGUAACACGUAGACAUUGCCGUUAUCUUGGCUGCUAAAAGCGCUCGUUCUUUGCACAUGGCUUUGUCAUUUUUGGAAAGACGCCUUUGCGUUUUGAGGUCUGUGAUUGAACAUUCCAUCGGAAUUGGAAGAAUUGAAAUAAAGGAUAAAAUGUUGAUGUGGGAAAUGUCGACAUCCACGGGAGGAAUCCGCUUGUAACAGAGUUUUCCUACAAAGGGGCUCUUCCUUUGUGUAGCGGAACAAAAGCUGUCAAGUGGCACAGGCAACAUUUACGCGCCUUCGGUCAGACGACCAAUUGACUUUGUUUUUAUCAACUAGCCGUCUAAUGUUGCUGUGGAAGCUCAGUGAAACGGUAUUGAUGGAAAUAAACAUUGUAUAUAAAGUCGCACCAGCUAUGUACAGUAUUUAUUAUGCAAUGUAGCGAAGGGUAUUUGUUUGCA